AUGCAUUUUUUGAUUCUGACCUUAUCCUGCUCACCAGUUUCUAUUGCCCUGAAUGCAAGCAGGCUUUCUGAUCUCCUGAUUGGUGGAGGAGGAGGUGAACAUCAUUUUGAGACACACCAGCACUUCCGUGCGGAUCAUUACAACAUACAUGGUCGUCCUGUACCUGCAGAUAAGAGCCCCGAGUCCAUUCCUGAACCUCCUAUCCAUCUUCCACAAGCAUGGUACCCAUUCGACAAGCGAUCAACCUUUGAUUGGUCACACUUCUUUUACAUUGAACUCAAAGCAUCAAAUGGAAAAAUCAACAAAGCUUUAGAUAUCCUUCAGGCUCAACUUCUCGAAGUCGGAGGUGGUCAGACUCCGUUUAGGAAUACAAAGGAUCUUUAUGCAGCAAUUGACUCAAUCCGAGAAGAGAAUACCCCAUGGAUCACUUACAAUGUGAAGUACACUGGUGAGCUGCCAGACAACCCACCCCUUUGGAUGAUGGAAGUUUAUGAAUUCUGUGUCCAUGACACAUUGAAUGUUCUAAUUGAGCAACUCAAGACCGAAGCCUUUAGGGACCAGUUCAACUACACUCCUUAUCGGGAAUGGAAUACUCGAAAUGAGAGAAUUUAUUCCAAUCUGCUCUCUGGAGAUUGGAUAUGGGAUACAGCCGAUAAAAUUUCCAGAGAUCCAGAGCUCUCAAGAAUAACAAAUGGUGCAAUGUUGGUUCCCAUCAUCUUGGGGAGUGACAAAACAACAGUCUCUGUGGGUACUGGACAUCAAGAAUACCACCCUGCCUACAUUUCUCCCGGAAACCUAACAAACAUAGCACAGAGAGCACAUGGCAACAGUGUUCUUCCCUUCAUGUUUUUUGCUAUUCCUCGAACAAAUCAAAAUGAUAGAAAGUCGGAAAUUUUUCACACCUUUUGUCAUCGCCUCUACCAUUACAGUCUAUUCAUGGCCUUGAAACCAUUGUGGCUGCAUAUGACCACUCCGAUUCUUCUGAAAUGUCCUGAUGGCCACUACUGGCAAGUAGUAUUUCAACUUGGUCCUUACAUUGGUGACUAUCUGGAGCAAACAUACCUUGCAUGCAUUGUCCAGGGCUGGUGUCCAAAAUGCAUGGCUAGACCAGAGAAUUUAGAUGGAGUUGAUGAAAAUGGUGAUAGAGCCUUUGCAAGAACAUAUGGAUAUCGGCAGGCCUUUGUCCAGGGAGAUAAACGAAAGGUUUGGAGGGAAUUUGGGCAAAGAACUGAUGUCUCACCUUUUACUGAUCAAUUCCCCCGUGCCGACAUCCAUGUUCUUCUCACCCCAGAUCUCCUACACCAAAUCAUCAAGGGCACAUUCAAGGAUCAUAUUGUUACUUGGAUUUGCAGUUACAUUCUUGAGGCAUAUGGGAAAGAUGGUAAUCAAAUUUUGAAGGAUAUCAAUAGAAGAAUUUCUGCUGUUCCAGCCUUUCCAGGUGAUGACUCCAAGGCAUUGUUGAAGGUUUAUAUUGCUGCUGUUGCAGGGUAUAUUCCCCAUGAAAUGGUCAAAGCUCUCUCAUCCUUCAUGCACCUAUAUUAUAUUGCUCGCAAAAAUGAAAUUAACACCCAUGACCUUGACCAGUUCUACCAGUACCUCCAAGCCUACCAUAAAUAUAGGGCUGCUUUUAUCACCUAUGGAACCUGUGAAACCAUCUCCCUCUCUCGACAACAUUCUCUAGUUCAUUAUGAAGAAUCAAUUCAUCAAUUUGGUUCACCAAAUGGUCUCUGUUCCUCGAUUACAGAAUCAAAGCAUAUCAAGGCUGUCAAGGAGCCCUGGUGA